AGGGGGGAUAUAGAUAUAUAUAGGCGGUUUUUGCGAUACGGGGCUAAGGAAAAUAACGUAGGCACUAGGCUUACGUACCUAUCUCGUUAUACGGUAUCUAUAUUUCGAGAUCUUUCGAAUAUUAACGAAACUAGAGUGAUUUUUAAACUCUACCCCCUAGAUUUACUAAAAGAGGUAAUACGGGAGACCCGUCCUAUUAUAUAG